UAAUAUCAUUAGCAAAUUUAAGUAAUUUAUUGACCAUUCCUUCAUCUGUGUCAUUAAUGUCCAUAUCUAUGCCCUUACCCUCAUCGACAUAAGCAGUAACCAUUUCAAAGAAUGUCAAAAGAUUUGUAAGGCAAGAUUUUCCCUUAGUGAAACCAUGUUGACUAUCCAAUAAAAUUCUAAACUUUGUUAAAUAACUUUGCAAAGCAUCUUUUAACAGACUUUCCAAAACUUUUCCCACAACUGAUGUGGGUCUAUGAUUACUGGGACAAUUUGUAUCACCUCCAUUGAAAAGAGGAGUUACAUUAGCUAACUUCCAAUCCUCUGGUACCUGCCCACUAUUCAAGGACUGACAAAAAAUAGUAGAUUCUGUUUUUUCCAAGAUCUGCACUGAGGCCAUAAAUUGGAUACAAUGUUAAAAUCAAGUUCAGAAUGUGUGAAAGUAGUUGUACGAUGCAGACCUAUAAGCGAAAAAGAAAUUUCAGAAGGAUACGAAAGGGUUGUGGACAUGUUUCCAGAGCGGGGAGUUGUGGAAAUAAAAAACCAAAAAAAUGGAGAAGUACCUAAACAGUUCACUUUUGAUGCUGUGUAUGAUUGGAAUUCUAAACAAUCUGAUUUAUAUGAUGAGACUUUCCGACCACUGAUUGACUCAGUUCUACAAGGUUUCAAUGGGACAAUAUUUGCAUAUGGACAAACGGGCACUGGAAAAACUUAUACAAUGGAAGGUGUUCGGAGUGAUCCAGAAAGGAAAGGAGUCAUCCCUAACUCCUUUGAACACAUUUUUAGUCACAUAGCUCGCUCAGAAAAUCAGGAAUAUCUAGUCCGAGUCUCUUACUUAGAAAUUUACCAGGAAGAAGUUAGAGAUCUAUUGGUAAAGGACCAAACCAAGAGGUUAGAACUUAAGGAAAAGCCAGAUGUUGGAGUUUAUGUUAAGGAUUUGUCAUCAUUUGUUUGUAAGAGUGUAAAGGAAGUAGAACAUGUGAUGACAGUAGGCAAUCAAAACAGAUCCAUUGGAGCUACCAACAUGAAUUUGCAUAGUUCUAGAUCACAUGCCAUUUUUAUCAUUACAAUUGAGCAUUGCGAGUUGGGUCCAGAUAAUAAGAAUCAUAUACGAGUUGGAAAGUUAAACCUUGUAGAUUUGGCAGGUAGCGAAAAACAAAAGAAAACUGGUACAGUGGGUGAAAGGCAAAAGGAAGCAAUCAAGAUUAACUUAUCUCUCUCAGCACUGGGAAAUGUGAUUUCUGCACUAGUAGAUGGAAAGAGUUCUCAUAUACCUUACAGGGACUCCAAACUCACAAGGCUUCUCCAAGAUUCACUUGGAGGUAAUGCUAAGACUGUGAUGGUAGCCAACAUUGGACCUGCAAGCUAUAAUUAUGAUGAAUCACUCACUACAUUAAGGUAUGCUAACAGGGCUAAGAACAUUAAGAACAAACCACGGGUUAACGAAGACCCAAAAGAUGCCUUACUGAGAGAAUUUCAAGAGGAAAUAGCAAGAUUAAAAUCCCAACUGGAAACAAAAUCACUGAAACGAAAAAAGAAACAUCGACUGAAGGAUGAAAUAGAAAACAAGUUCAUAGAUGAAGAUCGAAAUGUUGAUGGGGAAGAUGAGGGAGAGGGAGAAGAAGAAUUUCUCAAAGAACAAGAAACAAAACUUGAAGCAGAAUGGCAAGCAAUCAUGAAUGACCAGAAUUUAAUAACAGAGGAAAAACAAAAGCUUCUGAAUGAGACACAAAAGAAACAGGUGCAGCUCAAGAAAGAGCAAGAAGCCAGAGAUAAAGUGAUAAGUAAAAUAAAGACAAUGCAAAGUAAGCUUCUGAGUGGAGGGAAGAAUAUCAUUGAUCACACAAACGAGCAACAGAGAGCUCUUGAACAGAGAAAACAAGAAAUUGCUGAACAAAAGAGACGAGAAAGGGAAAUGUUGCAGAAACUUGAUGAUCAAGAAGAAACCACCUUGGAAAUACGAGAAACAUAUUCUUCACUACAGCAGGAAGUGGAGGUGAAGACCAGAAAACUUAAAAAACUUUUUGCUAAGCUACAGGCUGUCAAAGGAGAAAUUCAAGAUCUUCAGGAAGAGCAUUCUCAUGAAAGACAAGAACUUGAACAAACUCAAAAUGAGCUCACAAAAGAGUUGAAACUCAAAUACCUCAUAAUUGAAAACUUUAUUCCUUCAGGAGAAAAAAACAAAAUAUUAAGUCGAGUGACAUUUGAUGAGGAUGAUGACCAAUGGAAGUUGAUUCCCUUAUCCCAAGUCAAUGGCCUCCAGCAGCUGACCAAGAGACCUGUGUCAGCAGCAGGAUAUAGACGCCCCGUCUCAGAAUAUGCCAAAUUGGCUGCUGCUAUGGGAGGCAAUCCUCGUUACAAGGGAGAGAAUAUUCUGCAGGUAGAACUUGAUAUGCCAAGCCGCACUACUCGAGAGUAUGAUGCUCCAUCUGUGGGACCUCAUGUUCGAGCUGCUGUUGAUGCUGCACUGAGGGGUGAGGAAGACGUGGAUAUUGAUGCAAGUGUCAGUAUCUUUCAGACAGAUGGGCAUGUCAGAGCCAGUAGAAAAGAUAGAACAAUGAAGUAUAGCAGACCAAAAAGUUGGAAGCGCCCCCAAUUCGAAGUGCCGGGCACCACAUCCCACUUCUCACAGUUCCGUGGGCUGGUCCCAAAAUAAGACUGGAACCUCCUCCUUACUGUAUCUGUUUCCAAUGUUUCUACUCAGCCAAUCUGUAUUGUUGUUGUGUUUCUGCCAAUGUUGAUUAUGAAGCUUCAGCUACAAGUCCCAGUGCUCUCAACAAUAUAGUCCGUAGCCAGAACUGUAUGCAAAGAAUUAAAAAGAAAUGUUUUUCUGCUCUUCCAUUUCUUAAAGAUAGUAUUGCUGCUUUAUUGUUUAAUUCAUUUUGUUAUAUUAUUGAUCACAGCAAUGAACCUGAGCAUAUAGUGGAACCUCAUAGAUAUAAAACAUUUAGAGAGUUAUAUAUUAGGGGUUAUCUGACAAAUUUAAACUGGGAAACAAGAAAAUCAUUAUCAUUUGGUGAUUUUUUGACUUCCAAAGAAGUAUUAGCAGGCUAGAUUAUAUAUGUACUCAACUGCACCACCAUGUUCCCAGAAGAGCAGCAACUUUUUAUCUUCGGAGGCUUCAAGUCUUAACUGGAAGCUCCAGUUUGUAGAAACCAACUGUGCAAGUUUGAGAAGGAAAUUGAGACACACUGAUCAAUACCAUAGAGCUACCAGACUUGUUUGUGAAGAGAACCAAUCAUUGUCAUGUAGUUAUGCAUGCUUUAAGGAUGGUAACUGCAGCAAUGAAUUGUCAUCUUAUUUGUGUUUUUCUCCUAUAUGUAAUUCUAGUAGCUUUAAAGGCUUAGAAAAACAGUGAGAGAAUCCGUGCAGUUGAAUUCACAUUUUGACUCUUUUCAGUGUCUGCCAAACAUUUUUCUAUAAAACCUCAAAUCAAUAUCCAUCAAUUUUACCAAAUGGUGUUACUAUUUCCCAGACCUUCAAGGUAUUGUUUAAUAAGUUAGUCAACAAGUGAACCUACACCUCACUACCAGUCUGAAUUGUUAACUUAUAAACCUUAAAAAAUGUUAUGAGUCAGAGUUAACAACUUAUGAACCUACAGACCCAUGCUAGUCAAGUUCAUGCUUCUAUAAAUCGUAAGUAUAUACCUAUGAAUUAUUUACCAGUCAGAUCUAUCACUGUUUGCCUCUACAGAUCAUUAUGAGUCAAAACUGGCAACAGUAAAACCUCUGAGUUAUAAUAAGUCAUAUUUAUCAGUUUAUAAAUUAAAAAACCAUUACCAGUAUGGUUUAUCAGCUUGUAAAA